AUGGAGCACCAGACGGCGCUCUUCCAGGCGAUGUGGCGUCAAAGGGAAAUCCCUCGAGAUUUCAAGGACGCCAUAACCGCCCAUCUCUACAAGCGAAAAGGCAACCGUCACCUCUGCGACAGCCACAGAGGUAUCUCCCACCUCAACAUCGCCGGAAAGAUUUUCGCUCUCAUCCUUCUCAACUGUCUCAACAACCAUCUGGAGCAGUUUCUCCUGCCGGAAAGCCAGUGCGGCUUCCAUCGUAACCGCGGAACCAGCGACAUUAUCUCCACCGCUCGCCAGCUGCAAGAAGUGUCGGGGGAUGCGGAUCCACCUCUGCACUUCCUUCGUGGAUCUGACGGAAGCCUUCGAUACGGUGAAUCGCGAUGGACUGGAAAAUCAUAA